CCUGAAGUACACGCGAGUUAACGUAUAUUUGUAUUUGCCGGUUGUGAUUUGAACGACUGCCAACGAAACGUCGUGCGUUGUGGAACUAUGAUAUCUCUACAUACCGAUGACAAGAAUAAAUAGGCAAGAAGUAAUUUUUUACGGAUGAUUCUGGGAUCGAAGCAAGCAAUUGCUGCUGCAUGUGUCAAUCACUAGAACUCCAAAAAAAGUGAUAUCUGAAUUAGUGCUGCGUCGAGUUUUGGCGCAGCGAGCGCUCUGAAACUGAGACGUAAAUGUUCGCCUUAAAUAAUUGUAGAAUGCGGGAUCAGAGAACACGUAUAAGUCAGAUGUUCACAAUGUUCGACGAGGUGAGCCACUCGGGGGGCAACUGCAAAAAUGCGAGCGCGUGCGUAGGAGGGUUUGCAAGAAUUUAUACCCAGAUACGUCAGAUGAAGGCGGAGAAUCCAGACGCCGUGCUUUUGAAUGCCGGGGAUAAUUUCCAAGGGUCGUUGUACUACACGAUAGGCAAAUGGAACAUAACGCAAGAAUUUUUGAAUAAAAUCGACUGGGAUGCCGUGGUUCUCGGAAAUCACGAAUUUGAUGAUAUGCUGGCUGGAGUUAUACCCUAUAUGGAAGCCAUGAAAUCACCUAUUAUCGUUUCCAAUAUAGACGACAGUCUCGAGCCGAGUAUUCAGGGACUCUAUAACAAGAGCGUCGUAAUUGAAAGAAACGGAAAGAAAAUCGGUAUAAUUGGAGUGAUCUGUACGGACAUUGUGGAAAUUUCCAAACUGGAAAAGCUUAAAUUGCUCGACGAAUCGGCCAGCGUCAACGCAGAAGCGGAGCGCUUAGUGAAAGAGGAGGGAGUGUUUACAGUCGUGGUAUUAUCCCAUGCGGGUUACGAAGUUGAUAAGCAUAUAGCAGCCAACGCUGCGGAUAAAAUUGGCUUGAUCGUUGGAGCGCAUACACAUUCAUUUUUAUAUACCGGAGUUGCAGAGGAUGCUCCAGGGCCGGAGGAACCAGUGGGUCCCUAUCCAACGAUCAUUACCAACGACAAAGGAAACCAGGUACUCAUUGUACAAGCCUCAUCAUUUUCCAGAUAUCUUGGAAACAUCACUGUUUAUUACGAUCAGACUGGAAAUGUGGUGGAUCAUAUAGGCUCUCCUAUUUUCCUGCAAACUUCCAUAGCUAAAGAUCCGGAAAUUACGAAAGCUCUGGAUCCCUGGAAACAACAAAUCAGUGCUUAUGGCAACGAAAUAGUAGGCUCUAGUAUGGUUGAGCUAAGGGUCGGCUGCUACGAUAAAGAGUGCCUUUUGGGAAACCUCAUCGCCGAUUCGAUGGUGUUCGCAUAUUUGGAUCAUGCAGAGAACAACUCCUGGACGUACGCCUCCAUAGCUAUCAUUAAUGCAGCCGGUAUGCGAGCUGGAUUAGAAAUCGGCGAGAUUACAUAUGACGACGCGUGGGUAGCACAGCCCUUCAGCAAUACUAUAGACGUCGGGGAAAUCGAAGGAAAAUACCUCAAAGAAAUAUUCGAAGAAGGUUGUCCGGCAGAGGAGUAUACGGAUUCAUAUUCAGAUUUAAACAUACUCCAAGUGUCUGGGCUUCACAUAGAGUACGAUUUAACAAAACCCAAGGGGAGUAGGGUGGUAUAUAUAGAAGCUAGGUGUCAGGCAUGCCAAAUUCCAAUCUACGAGGAGGUGGACCCAAAUAAAGUUUAUCGGAUCAUAGUCCAAUCCUAUUUAAGGAAAGGUGGGGAAAGAAUCAGCGCUCUUACAGACAAUUUGAGGAACGUUCAAAUAGGCCAAACCGACUUGGAUGUGUUUAUGAACUAUAUGCAGAGGAAAUCUCCAGCGUACGAAGAACUGGAAGAAAGAAUUGUAGUAACGAAGAAAAACUAAAGAACUCUUUUUAGAUGGUGCGACUCUCUUACGCAAGAAAAAAUUUGAAAUUACUGAAGUAAUAAAAUUGUUGUAUAUUUUGUAACCUGCUGAUACACCAUUGCAUAGAAUUAAAUAAUAUAGAAGCCCUAAACACCGUAAAAUUUAAUACGAUCUGAGACUAAAAUAUCCUAACUUGAAAAUGUAAGAUUGACGAACUGUGAGGUCAGGUGUUAUUGAUUGAAAGCGAGAUGUGCAACAACACGUGCAUUAUUAUUCAAACAAACUUCUGCAGGUCAAUACUAUUGCGUU